CGCGGGCUCUGAUGCAGAGGUUCGCUUGGGAUCGCUUCGCUCAGAUGCAAAUCAAUUCAAAGGUGACACCAUUUUGGACCGCUGAACUUGACGGAGACGACAGUUCCGAAGCUCAUCCGGGAAGGGAUGAAUUACAUAAUAUAUUCGAAUUGGAUGAGCUGGCUAGUCACGCCAUGGAACUGUCCCUGGAUGAACGAGGUACCUCACGACCACAAAAGCCUCCCAUGGGACGUCUCCGUCGAGUGGCUCCGACAACAAUCACUGGUCAACAAAAGCUGGAAUUCCCGGGAGUAUUUGUUCAAGGCUUCCGUAAUGGACACGUAGAUUUCAAUAUUCCGGGGAUUUUGCAAGAUUCCCUGAAGCCUACAGACUCCAUCGAAGUCAAGAUCAAUCUUUUCACUCCAGAAAUUUCGGCGGGAACAAUGGAUCCUUUUCAUUCUGCUGCUUUAAACCCUCCUAGUCAAGGAUUUUCUACACAGACACACAGCACCAACCUUUCGGGUCGAUUUAAUCACUCUUGGCGAAAUCCUGUAUCGGCUGAUCGGCAGGGAUGUGAUACGAUUCAGGUUUCUCACAGGCUAGGGGGUCCGAUAGAAACGCAUGCUGAACUCGGUAGCGGAUCGAUAUUCGACACAAUGUACACUGACAGUCAGUUCAGUUACAGCACAAUCGACACCUCAUCCAACCGUCAACAGCAAACACACCAUGGAACUCCGAUUCAUAAUCGAUUCGGCCUGGAUUCUACUGAUUCUGGACUGAACUUGCAGUUUGGUAAUGGGCAACUAGAAGCUGCAGAGCAUGUGGGACUUUCUACCGCAAUACUUUCUUCCGGUGUCCCAUCCAGAUUCACCCACUACCAUUUCUAA